AAGUGCUUCUGCCCGGAAUUGUCGGACGGACCGGAAGUGCUGCUCUCCGGAAUUGUCGGACGGACCGGAAGUGGUGUGGCCGACAGUAAUGGAUGCUCAGAGCGGAGCCGUGAAGCGCCCAGUCUCAGAGAAUGAGGAGGAAGAGGAAGAAUACACUCCAUAUGUUCCUGUUAAGCAGAGGAAACAACAGCUGAUGGAGAAGUUGGUGCGAAUACGCAGGAAAGUUGCCUUGGACGAUGAUCAGGACAGUGGCAGUGACUUCAGAGAGGACGAUGGGGAUGGCCCACUGGGGCCGCGGUCCAAUAUCAGCCUGCUGGACCAACACCAGCAGCUGAAGGAGAAGGCGGAAGCACGUAAAGAAUCUGCAAAAGAGAAACGUCUGAAAGAAGAAGAGAAAAUUCUGGAAAGUGUUGCUGAAGGCAGAGCUCUGAUGUCUGUGAAGGAAAUGGCGAAGGGCAUAACCUAUGAUGACCCAAUCAAAACCAGCUGGAACCCACCGCGGUAUAUACGCAACAUGCCCGAAGCUCGCAAUGAGCGUGUGCGCAGGAAAUACCACAUCCUCGUGGAGGGGGAGGGUUUGCCGUGUCCCGUCAAACAUUUCAAGGAAAUGAAGUUUCCAGCAGCAAUUUUGAAAGGCUUGAAGAAGAAGGGGAUUUUACACCCGACACCCAUUCAGAUCCAGGGAAUUCCAACUGUUUUGGCUGGCAGGGAUAUGAUCGGGAUUGCGUUCACUGGCUCUGGUAAGACACUGGUAUUCACUUUGCCAAUGAUCAUGUUCUGCCAGGAGCAGGAGAAAAGGCUGCCAUUUUCCAAGAGAGAAGGUCCCUAUGGACUCAUCAUCUGCCCAUCUAGAGAAUUAGCGAGACAGACCCAUGGGAUUAUCGAUUAUUACUGCCGUCUGCUGGAAGAGGAUGGCUUUCCCCAGCUUCGUUGCGCACUCUGCAUUGGUGGCAUGUCCAUUAAGGAGCAGAUGGAAGUUGUCAAACGGGGUGUGCACAUGAUGGUCGCCACUCCUGGUCGUCUGAUGGAUCUCCUACAGAAAAAAAUGAUUGGUUUGGACAUCUGUCGGUACCUGGCAUUGGAUGAAGCAGAUAGGAUGAUUGACAUGGGUUUUGAAGAGGACAUUCGCACCAUCUUCUCCUACUUUAAGGGCCAACGCCAGACUCUGCUUUUCAGUGCUACCAUGCCGAAAAAGAUUCAGAACUUUGCCAAGAGUGCCCUAGUGAAGCCCAUCACCAUCAACGUAGGCCGAGCAGGAGCUGCCAGCCUAGAUGUGAUCCAGGAAGUGGAAUAUGUGAAGGAAGAAGCUAAGAUGGUGUACUUGCUGGAAUGCCUGCAGAAGACUCCACCUCCGGUGUUAAUAUUUGCAGAGAAGAAAGCUGAUGUAGAUGCAAUCCAUGAAUACCUGCUCUUGAAGGGUGUGGAGGCUGUUGCCAUACACGGGGGGAAAGACCAGGAGGAGCGAACUAAAGCCAUUGAGGCAUUCCGAGAGGGAAAGAAGGAUGUACUUGUGGCAACUGAUGUAGCAUCAAAAGGCUUGGACUUCCCAAAUAUCCAGCAUGUUAUUAACUAUGAUAUGCCUGAAGAGAUUGAGAAUUACGUUCACAGAAUUGGACGUACCGGUCGAUCAGGGAAAACAGGGAUAGCCACAACAUUCAUCAACAAAGCUUGUGACGAAUCGGUGUUGAUGGAUUUGAAGGCUCUGUUACUGGAAGCUAAGCAGAAAGUCCCACCUGUUCUCCAGGUCCUCCAGACAGGAGAUGAGACAAUGCUGGAUAUUGGAGGUGAAAGAGGCUGCACCUUUUGUGGUGGUUUGGGCCAUCGUAUCACAGACUGUCCGAAACUGGAGGCCAUGCAGACGAAGCAGGUCAGCAACAUCGGGCGCAAGGACUACCUGGCUCACAGCUCAAUGGACUUCUAACCUCACACCCUCCCCAGUGGAACCA